UGAUAACAUCAUGGAGAAUACCAUAGAAAAGUUUGAAAGUCCCGACAAGGUUUGUUAAGACGGUCGCUCCGAGACGGAUGUCUUGGUCAAACUUAGACAUGAAGCUAUGAAUUCUACAGACAAAUUAUUUUGAAACUUUCUUUUUUUUUCCUGGGUAGGGUUUUUCUGGGCAACAGAUUGUUGGUGAGAAGAGGCUAGUUUACCUUGUUGGUGAUGAGGCAUGAUAAACCAAUAUUUGUGUGCUGAGAUGAGGUGGGGGAUAUGAGGACAGGUGAAAUGGGGGUUGGUAUAUAUGGGGGUUGGUUAUGUGGAUAGGUCAAGAGGGUUAUGUAAACAUGUAAGGGGGUAUGUAGACAUUUGGGAGAUGACAGGUGAGAGAUUCAUAUAACUGAAUGGUUAUGUGAACAUGUAUGUGAUUUGGGGGAGGGGGGGUAUGUUGACAGGUGAGGGUUUUGGUUUUUAGUAUUACAAGUCGUGGUUUUCUAUUAAUAACAGUAAGAUGUCAUUAUCAAACUUGGAUACUAAGCCACUACAAUGGGAUGUGUUAAAAUAAAAUAAGAGCUGUAACAAUAGAAUGGGAGCUGUAACAAUAGAAUAGAUAUCAGAAUAAUGUCUUGAUAUGAAAUAGUUGCUUGUGUCUAUUUAUAAAUUGGUAACUCAGCAAAAAUGUUAUUAAAUCCUUUGUUCCCUUUUAAAACAGUUUUUGGAUGAUGUCAUAGUGUUGCACAUAUUUCAUUGGGAGGGGUGGGUGAAUGUUAUUGUAAGCUAGCCUCUUCUGGUCAACUUACUAACAUAUAACAUAGAUCUGACUAACUCUAACCAACAAAAGCCUUGAAUCCAAGUUUUUAAACUACCGCAAUUUCCUAAUAUGGGGUUUUUUUUCAGUGUAAAUUACUUUAAAAAUCAACUUAUUGGUUUAAUAGCUUAGUUGACACACACCUGUAAGCACAUCAAAACCAAUUCAGUUAUGACAUAUUGGCACUCACAAAGCAAUUUAGGUAUUUGAUUUGUUGGCACACACAAACCAAUUCAGGUCAACACAAUUAGUUAAAAGUUUGUUCAUUUAAAAAUGCAAUACACUGCAAUUGAGAUAUUUGGAGUUGGACCAUUAGUUGAAUGUUUACCAUAUGUUUGUGCAUGCAUGCUUUUAGCAAGUUGUUGAAUGAAGAAAUAUUUGGUCAUUAAAACACACUUUGGAAUUAACUCAUUGUAGCAGCAAUGACUUGUCCAAUUAUUGUGGCAAUAAUACCAAAGAGUGUGUGCAUGUGACUGAUAAGACUGUCAGGGCUGACCUUUACUUUACAAUAUAAUCAAUGUUGACUUUCGAAUAAAUAUCCAUUUAAUAAAUUUUUCCAAUCUGAAUUAUCAAAUGUAUGAACAAGUUCAUAGUUUUGUUUCAUGCCUGAAAAACCUUGCAUUUAUUUUCCCACUAGCUAUGUAUUCUGUAUUGGCUAGAUAAUUUUAUUUUUACAUUGGUCAGGGCACAAACAUGUAACAACAAUUACAUAAUUACAGGUGUAACACCAAAUUAAUGACACUUGGUAUGUUGAGUCCAUAAUUUGCUGUGUCCCAUUUCAUUCCUUUAAAUGUUCUAUAUCAUCCAAAACUGAAAGCAAUCACAGAUAAAAUGUUCCAUGUUUGUGCACUGACCUUUUUUCACCCAUUAUUUAAACCCUUCUCUCUGUUUACAUUGACAAUUUUUUGGGAGUUCCUUUUUUUUAAAUUAUUUAUUUCAAUGAUAUAUAGAUAGAUAUACAUAUAGAUAGAUAUAUAGAUAUAUAUAUAUUUAUAUAUUUAUAUAUAUAUAUAUAUAUAUAUAUAUAUAUAUAGAUAUAUAUAUAUAUCUCUGUAUAUAUAUAUAUAUAUAUAUAUAUAUAUAUAUAUAUAUAUAUAUAUAUAUAUAUAUAUAUAUAUAUAUAUAUAUAUAUAUAUAUAUAUAUAUAUAUAUAUAUAUAUAUAUAUAUAUAUAUAGAUAGAUAUAGAUAUAUAUCUCUGUAUAUAUAGAUAUAUAUAUAGAUAUAUAUAUAGAUAUAUAUAUAGAUAUAUAGAUAUAUAUAUAUAGAUAUAUAUAGAUAUAGAUAUAGAUAUAUAUAUAUAUAUAGAUAUAUAUAUAUAGAUAUAUAUAUAUAGAUAUAUAUAUAUAGAUAUAUAUAUAUAGAUAUAUAUAGAUAUAUAUAUAGAUAGAUAUAUAUCUAGAUAUAUAUAUAUAGAUAGAUAUAUAUAUAGAUAUAUAUAGAUAUAUGCUUCAUACAUUGAAUUCAUACAAUAACUUUGAAAUUUAAUAAGUACUUACAGUAUUAAUUUUUUUUCUAAAUUUGCUUUAUCAUUUGAUAACAAUUCAAUUCCUUGUAUUUAUUAUAAAAUAAUGUUAUUUUCAAUUCUAACAAUACUGCUUCUUUGCAUUGUUUGAUUGUUUUUUUUAUUUGAAAACAACUAAUGCACUAACAGCAUGUAGCUUUUUAGCAUGUGCCUUGCAAGGAAAAAGAAUUAAUUUUUAUUUUUAAAACAUAUGCAAGUGCGCCCACGCACACACAGAUCCAAAGAAAAUGAACUGAAUUUAUUAUUUGAGACUUCCUCUUGACACUUAAAGGCAGGUGUAGAAUAUUGCAUUUGAUUGUUGCCAACCUCAACAAAUCUAUACACCAUUUGCCAGAUAAGAUACUACUUUGUAGUCUACUUCUCAUCUUAGACCAAAGCUAUGUUGAUAAUCAAUUACGUUUCACAUGCAUAGGCUGCUUAGUCUUUAAUCAAAUUAUUAAUUAACUUUUAGAUGUCUGCUUUGUUUAUUAACUAAGUCAAAAAGCUUCCCUUUUUUAAACUUGCUCUACUAAAUAAAAUAAAUGGCUGCAUUUUAUUUAUUUUUUAAUUAUUAAAUAAAAACUGGCUUAAGAAAUAAUACUAUUAAUACAAGUUGAAGCUCCAAUUAAAUGUAAAUUUUAAGCUGGAACAAAAUUGUUAAAUUCUAAAAUGAUUUCAUAACUUAUAUUGGUUAGUUUAAUUUCUUUUAAAAUUAAUUGACCUAUUUUCUACUAGGUAUUUUUAAGGUUAAGUUGGGUGAAAAUAAAAUUUAAAUUGGUAGAUUCUAUUCAAUUUGCCUUGUCAGUGUUAGUACAGUCAGUUGGCUCUCUUCUUUAUAACCUGACUUUUGUGAUGGGUCAGCUGGAAAUGAGACAAUUUGGUCCUAGUUUUACUUCUUUAUAUUUUAAUGACACCAGAUCACAGUCACAUGUUCACUAAGGUAAAAAUGUAUAAGUGAUGGAUCACUCUUUUCUUCUUAUCUGAGAAUUAAGAGAACAUAUUUCUCUAAUAAAAUUUUCAUGUUAGGUAUUUAAGUUUUUUUUUUUUUAAUUGAAAAACUGAGGGUCUCAUUUCCGGCUGCCACAUAACAAUUGGUUGGAUCUGACUGUGUGCUGUUCCUGUUUGCCUGUUUGUUGAUGCCACGUUUGUUUGACUAAUAUCGUCCUGUUAGGUGGGCCGGAGCAAGAGCAUGAGGGCUGCUGUUCAGACGGAGAAAUGUGGCGCGUGUGAGAAAACGGUGUACGCCAUGGAGCGCCUGGAGAUGAACAAACGGGUGUACCACAAAGCCUGUUUUAGGUGCACUCAAUGCAAAGCUGUACUGACGUAAGGCCCCCCCAGACCCUUUCUCACCUCCCUCAAUGAUAUUAAAAAGUUUUCUCUGUUAGAUAUGUGUUAGGUUAAAUCUUAUCUGAAAGGUUUUAGCGCCCCUUCCCUUGGUGAUUUUUAGGCUCUGGGUUAGAUUUUUAUGGUCGGGCAUUGCCUGAUGACCCAGGCGGCCACUAUAAAGCAGUGCUCCGCAACCUUUUUUUUUCCCUCUUGAAAAUUAGAAUACAUACUCUAUUAUUUUGUAAUAUAUUUUUAGGUUAGCCAAUACAAAUAUAAAAUUCCACUCUUCAGUUGACUGAAACUCUCAUCUUUUUUAAAAAGUUUUAUUUUAAAGUGCAAAACAUAGAAUAUCCUUCAAAAACUUGUUGGAUAUUAUUUUUCUUUUAAGCUAACAAUAAUUCCCUAACAGAUCCUCCGGUCUCGAUACGGUAUUUAAAUUGUAAAUAGGAUCCAUAAAAAAGUGAACUUCACAGUUCCAGCUUAGCAUUUAAUGCUUUUAUUGGUUCUUAAGUCUACUUUGUUUAUACUACACUUAAAGUAAUUGCAGAAGUUUUUUAUAGAACGUAUAUUUUACUUAUGGACUAUUUUAUAUAAUAAUGUCAUUUAAAAUAUUUUUUUUUUAUUCUAAAUUUUACUUUUUUAUUUUUUAACAUUUUUUUUAUUUCUCUUAAUUUUAAAAUGUAUAUUUUUCUCAUUAAUAAUUGUUUGAACCAUUUAUUCCCCCCAACUAUUAUGGGGGCAGCACAUUAUUUCUUUCUUUUUUUUUUCUUUUUUUUUUGUUUAAUUUGCUCACAACUUGCAUGCCACUCAUACUACCCCAUACACUGUUUGUCAAGUGUACAUCUAUUAAUAAUUGUUUGAUCCAUUUAUUCCCCCCAACUAUUAUGGGGGCAGCACUUUAUUUCUUUCUUUUUUUUUUCUUUUUUUUUUUGUUUAAUUUGCUCACAACUUGCAUGCCACUCAUACUACCCCAUACACUGUUUGUCAAGUGUACAUCAGCACUCACACACUAAACUUCCCAUGUACUGGACCAGUCCAGCCAAAUUUUUGUGUGUGCUUUUAAUACCCAGUGGGCCUCAUAAUUCUGAUCUAACUUGUAGAAACUUGACAGUGCAUGUAGUGGCCUACUAAAAAAAAAACAUCCAUGUGCUGACCUUCCAGUAGAGCAUGGACUUAACUUUGCAUGCUUUUAACUUUAAAACUGGUUUUCAUCAGCCAAAUGUGUAUUCAUCACAACCAUCAUCAUCAUUCUUAGAUGUGAGCAUGAUGGGUAAUUUAAAUCUAGGAAUAACAAAACCAGGGGGCUCCCACCUCCCCUAGUCCCACCCAAAACCUGUUCCUAGUCUCCCAAUAGUUGAGAGCAGUUGACAAAACUGGGUCAACACCUCCCCCAGGCUGUUCUAAAACUGGACUUCCCUCCUUUUCCUAUUUGAUUAUUUUGAUCCAUUGAUGCAAGUUGAAGUUGGCAAUGUUAAUGUGAACAGUUUAUCUUCUAUAACUUUGUAGAAUUUCAUCCACCAGCCAAGAUCAAGAGCAGCAUAUUUCAUCUUUAUUUGUUUUAAGUAUUUCUGUCACUAUCAAGAACACUCAAACAACAGACAUACAAUUCAGCUGUCAUGGCAGUAAUCAUUUAUCUGACACCAAAAUAAACUGAGCCAGAGUCAUCAUGAUUAAACUCUUUGUCUUAAAAAGCACAAUAGUUGCAAUAUGGGAAACAAAUUUAUAUCAAAAGAAAGUAUUGUAAAUUAAUGUAAAGUUGUUAUUACACAGGUAUCCCAGGCAUGGCCCACUCAUUCACUGCAUGAUGACUCUGGUCAAAUAUCAAAAGGCAACUUGUCCAUCACCUAAACUUUGUUCAUCUAAUGAAAAAAACAUUUCAUAUUUUUAUCGAACACCCAUAACUGGCAAAUCAUAACAUGUCCACCAUCAUUUCCAUUACCCCCCCCCCCCCCAAAAAAAAAGACCUCACAAAGUCCAACACCUCAAUCAUUUAGUCACAGAGACCUUUAAAUACCUGGUACACUUUUUCUAUACCUCACAUUCUUUGUUAACUGUCUGUUCAUGUCAGGAUGACCCUAAUUUACCCCUCAACAACUGAUGCUGUGCAGAACAUUGUGACAUUUAUAUAUUUGCAGGAGAGUUUACUUUGACCUUAUUCUCACACAUUUUUCCUAUCAAUUCCCUCAGGCCAAAGACAUUCGCAAUUAAUAACGAUGUCAUCUUCUGUACCACCCACUACAAGCAGCUUUUUGCCACCAAAGGAAACUAUGAUGAAGGCUUUGGCCGGAUGCAGCACAAGAAACGCUGGAGCAGUAAUCCAAACCUUCAUGAAAGGGAAGGGGAAGAUGAUGCCAAGUCCUAAAUUUUGUCCACCUAGUAUUUUACUCAACUUUGUAUUAUUGAUGCUAGUUAAUUUUUCAAAUGGGUGAGCUCUUAGUCUUUCGCUCUAUAUUCACAGCAGCACAAAGUUUAUUACCAAAAACACUGCUGUUGGCCUCUCUAACUAGUCAAUUUUUAUGGAAGAACUACAUGAAAUAUCAUUCAGAACUGAAUAAAAGGCCAGUGGCUUGCUUAACUGGCAAUGAUGUUGCCCUACCUGGAAAACCUUGAAGAAUUAACAGAGCCUUCGCUAUUAGUGAUUCUUUAUGAAUAGGACAACACACACAUUUUUUUUUAACUUAGGUUUAAUCCACUAAUAAAUUCCACCAAGUUUCAUUUAUAAAACAAACAAGUAUCCAAUUUAUAAUUAAAAUUUAUAAAACAAUUGUUAUGAAAUUAAAAUUUUCUACCCUGCUGGUACAGCAAAUAUAAACAGGAAAACUUUGAGCUCAGCCCUGGCGAUUUCUUUUUUUUAAAAUAGUCAUCCAAAUGGUUUAGUCUUGUAUAAAAAUGUAACUUACAUUGGAUGGCUUUUUCAGGGGUCUAGGUAAAAUGUCAGUGGACCUUGAGCACAUAUGUAAGGAUGUGAUGUGUGUCCACUGACAUGAGGUAUUAUUGUUAAUGUUGAAACAACAUUGUUGAAAUUGCUAGUGCUAAAUUUUAUUUCUAUUUUUAUAUAUUUAAAACCAUUGCUGAGUCUCUAAACUCGGCUGAUAGCUUAGAGAACUAUUAUGAACGAUAGAGAAAGAGAAUGGUGUAUUUUAGGCCUGAUAUUCAUCAAAUAUAAUCUAGCCUGCCCCCCCAACUGGCUUCAGGUAAUGAAGGGGUAAUGAAACAAAGUUUUUCCUUCAAACCUUGUGUGUAUAGUGUAUAUAGAGAUUUGCUCAUUAAAAGUGAAACAAAGACUUAGAACGUGGAAAAUUAUCUGUGUUUAUGAGGGGUUAGGUUUACUCUGGCAGCUGCAAACCACCUUUUGCUAAAAGCAGCAUUUGUCAACCCCCAUCAAAAAUACUAGAUAAAGGUUUCAUCUCAAGAGUUGGUGACAUGUUUUGUUAUUUAGGCUCACCGCACAAAUAAGUAUUAUGAAAACAUAUGAGCUGCCGCUGUAGGUAACACCCUCCGCCAAGCACAACUCAAGUUAGCUAGCCAGUUACUGCAUGACAUGGUCAAUCUAACACUGCUAGAAAGAUAAAGUCAAUCAAAACUAUGGGAAGUCCAAUCUGGCAGCAAGAAACAGACCGACUUUUAAAUGCAAGGAUAGAUUUUUUUAUUUUGAAAGUGGUGCUGUUGAAUAAUACCAAAGCUUUGUCUGGAGACCUACAGUUGCCUCAUUAGAAAUGCAAAGCUUUGUCUGGAGACCUACAGUUGCCUCAUUAGAAAUGCAAAGCUUUGUCUGGAGACCUACAGUUGCCUCAUUAGAAAUGCAAAGCUUUGUCUGGAGACCUACAAUUGCCUCAUUAGAAAUGAUGGUUGUUGUAUAAACGGAUGGAAUCCUUGAGGAGCACUCUUUCUUUGUGUGCAUUUGUUAAGAGUUAAUGUCAUGAGCUAUUGCAUCAGUUGGAGCAAUGAACAAUUAAUCUUGGACAUUCAUGAAUAAGGACAUUUUUGUUUUUACUUUUAACUUCUAAAUGUAGCAUUUAUUUAUUUCCUGUGAUGUUUUGUUUUAAAUGGUCAAUUUUAGUUAGAACCGUGGACUUGGGGG